CCUCUCUCGGCGUUCCGAGGCUGGUGGGAGUUGGUUGCGCGCGCUCCGUUGGUCGAGGAAGAAGGCCGUGGCGAGGCGAGCGAACGAGUGAGGAAGGCCUCUAAUUUUGAAACCCUGGAGGACAAGAUGACUGGGUCAAAUGAAUUUAAGUUGAACCAACCACCGGAAGAUGGAAUCUCAUCAGUGAAAUUCAGUCCGAACACAUCUCAAUUUUUGCUUGUUUCAUCUUGGGACACUUCUGUUCGAUUGUUUGAUGUUCCUGCCAACAGCAUGAGGCUCAAGUAUCAACAUACAGGAGCUGUACUUGACUGUGCCUUCUAUGAUCCAACACAUGCCUGGAGUGGAGGUUUAGAUCGACAGUUAAAAAUGCAUGAUUUGAACACUGAUCAAGAAAAUCUUGUCGGCACUCAUGAUGCUGCUAUCAGGUGUGUGGAAUAUUGUCCAGAGGUGAAUGUAAUGGUGACAGGAAGUUGGGACCAAACAGUCAAAUUAUGGGACCCCAGAACACCUUGUAAUGCAGGAACAUUUUCUCAGCCUGAAAAGGUGUAUACGUUGUCUGUGUCUGGUGACAGACUGAUUGUGGGAACAGCUGGUCGGAGAGUUCUGGUGUGGGACUUAAGGAAUAUGGGUUAUGUUCAACAGAGAAGAGAAUCAAGCUUAAAAUACCAGACCCGAUGUAUCAGAGCAUUUCCUAACAAACAGGGCUAUGUGCUAAGCUCUAUAGAAGGCCGUGUUGCAGUUGAAUAUUUGGAUCCAAGUCUGGAAGUGCAGAAGAAAAAAUACGCUUUCAAAUGCCAUAGACUGAAGGAGAAUAAUAUUGAACAGAUAUAUCCAGUUAAUGCCAUUUCUUUCCACAAUGUCCAUAACACAUUUGCUACAGGUGGUUCUGAUGGAUUUGUCAAUAUUUGGGAUCCAUUUAAUAAAAAGAGACUCUGCCAGUUCCACCGUUAUCCUACCAGUAUAGCAUCGUUAGCCUUUAGCAAUGAUGGAACCACUCUGGCAAUAGCGUCAUCGUAUAUGUAUGAAAUGGAUGACAUUGAACAUCCUGAAGAUGGUAUCUACAUUCGCCAAGUGACAGAUGCUGAAACAAAACCCAAGUCUACUUAAUCACUUACCAAAAUGCGGCACUAUCUUUCCCUCUCAAACGAUGUCUCUACUGACAAGACUUGUUUAAAAUAAAUCCCUGGAUUAAAGGAAGAUCUGUUUCAGUAUGAUGUUUUCACUAAAUUUAUUGUUGGUGUAAUAGUUUAGUGUACAUUUAUCACAGGUGAGGGAUGUAUGUUGAUCCAGAAAAUGUUGAACAACAAUGUUCUUUCAGCCCUAACCAGCAGUGGGGGAUGCAGUCAACAACAUCUGGAGGACCACAUGUUCCCCACCCUUGCUCUCUAUAUCAUUAUUUUAGCCUAUGCUGGAACCAAUGUUUUCUUCCCAUGAAUGAACUGUUUUGUAAAAAAAGCUUAUUCCUUUGCAACCUUGCAUUUUGUAGUUGAAAUUUUGUACAGAUUUAAUAAUUGUUUAACCGUUUGAAUAAAUAAUAUUUUGAAAACAAA